GGGUAGAUGAAAUUGCACCUUGGGUAAGUGUACUUAUAUGAUCUCUAGCUUGGUUCUCACUAAAAGCGAUAUAGCUCGACAAGUUUGACAAUCGUCGCCACUUUGGACACUUUCUGCCAACGUUGGCCCAGGAACAUUCACAUUUACGUUUUGCCAUGCUUGCUCUUUCUGCUCGGCAGCUGGAGAGGAAACAUCCGGAGCGAUCUCUAAAGAGUCUAGAUCUAUAUCAAGAAGCCAUUCAUCAACUCGUUCCGCAAUUACAGACCAUAUCGACAACUGUAGUAACAUCUUGCGUGGUCCUUUGUGUUUUAGAGAUGAUGAGCUGUUAGUGCGAGUAUUCCAAAGUCGUGAAAACGCUCUUGACAUUCUCUUUAGGUGCCCCUGAGAUGUGGAGACAACAUCUUGACGGUUGUGCCAGCUUGAUUGAGUCGUCAGGUAUCAAUGGAUUAUCCGGUGGCUCGGAGCAAGCGGUUUUCUGGUGUUUUGCACGAAUGGAUCUGUGUGGUGCUUUGAUUUCAGAUGAGCGUACCAUUAUUCCAAUCAAGAGGUGGUUGCCAAGCCCAACCCUCACGAUCAAUGUCGCAUCCAUCUCUACAAACUUCGGCUACGAUAUGUACGCCAACUACGUUGUUCAUCUUUGUGCUCAAGUCAUGGAUCUAUUCAUAAGUGAUUUGGGGAGUCUCGAGUAUACUCAAAAGUGGACUGAGAUGUUCACCGAAAUUUGUGAGUGGUACAUCCACCGCCCUCCGGAGAUGCACCCAGUUUUAGACACUUGUCCGGCUGGGAUUGAUUUUACUCGUCCGUUUCCAAUCUUGCUCUUUUCCAAUUCUUCUGCGAUAUCUGGGAACCAAUUGUAUCAUACAGCCUCCCUUCUGCUAUUACAAAAGCAGCCACCAGGAGCCAGGUUGCCGCAGGGAACUCGGUCGAUGCUCUGGCACGCACGAAGGAUAUGUGCUAUUUCCAUUUCAAACACACACCACGGGUGCUGGACAAACUGUAUACAGCCUUUGUGGAUAGCGGGACGCGUGAUGUCACAUCCUGCUGAGCACCGGGCGAUCAUAGACACCUACGAGCUGGUCGAAAGGGAAACUGGCUGGGGCGCAAAAUGGAGGGCGGAUGACUUACAGGCCUUCUGGGGAGAUUUGAGCGGCGACUAGUUCGCCAUACAGCUACCCAUUCAUUACAUGAGAGAAAUUUCCACAUGAAACAGGACAUCAAGGUGAUA